AUGAACAUAACCGGCGACUUCACCUUCGACAACGUCCCCUACAACGCCACCAUCCCGCUCCCCCCGGACCCCGAGCACUGCAUCCAAAUCGAGACCAUCCGCCUCCGCCGCGCCAACAUCGCCGGCACCAACUGCCACGACGCCGCCAACUGGGCCGCCUUCGCCAAGCGCCUGCUCGACCACCGCUGGGAGGAGCAGCGCCUCGACGAGCAGGUCCGGGCCCAGCUGCAGCCCGACCACUUCCUGUGGAUCCGCCACCGCGGCGCCGUGGUGUUUUGCGACGAGCGCGUGCGGCUGUUUGUCGACGCUGGGGAUUUGGUCGUCAAUGCGCAGCCCGUGCGCACGUAUGUUGAGGCCGGGGGGAUGGAGGUGGUGGAGGAGGAGUGGGAGCUUGGCGCGGCGUUUAUGUUGGCCUAUGAUGGUCUUUGUGCUCUUCUUCGGGGCCGGGGUUGA